AUGAGCGCCACGAACGAGUUUGUCUUCAACGUGGCCUUUACGGUGCCCGUGAACCAGCCCGAAGGCCCGAUCCUCACCCUCGAAGAGUUCUGGCGGGGUCUUGAACGUGGAGGGAGCGCCCUCACCUCUUCGCCGAAUACAUUGGUCAUGGCCGACGGGGCCGUUCACACGGCGAAGGAUGUGGAAUUGAUUCAGGACGUGCGCAACGCCGAUAAUCUGCUGGUAAGCCACACCCCCACUCUUGGCGAGCAACUUGUUCAGAAACAGGGCGCUAAGGGGGGGGCAACACUCCAACAGACUGAAGCCAUCACGGUUGGCUCGGGGGCGCGGAGCACAAUGCUUGUCUCCCGCGGAGGCCACGAGAAGGACGGGCCGGAGGUGCUCUAUCUGACUGCGAUCUACGAACUGCAUGUGCCAGACGUCGAACCGGGCAGUGAAAAGGCCAAGCAGAUUGAACGGGAUUAUGCGCAAUUGGCGCAGGGGGCAGCGCGCACGGUAGUGGCCACGAUCCGCAAGUGGAAGGUCGAGGGAGGCCUCUCCAAGGCCUAG